GUCGGGAUGACUAGAGGUAGGGCUGGGUUUUCAUCAGCUCUUGGGACUCGCGUCUCGGACCCAUUUGCUGAGGUGUCUGUGGUCAAGGCUUUUCUCCACUCCCCCUCUGUGGGUUUGGAAGAGUGCACCGAGCUGGCCUGGAUGGACUGAGAUCUCUGGGGUGGGUGUGUCAGGCCCGCCCAGGAGCAGGUCCUACCGGCACAGCUCAGCCCAGCCCAGGGUGUCAGAGUGUCAGCGGAAGCAGUCUUGGGGCAGCGGCAGAGGAAGAGCGGCAGAACACAGGUCUCCGCUGCUGAAGUUGUGGUACCAAAGGCUUCCAGCCUUGGCCAAUCAUCUGCCCCUGAGGUCAUAGACUCCACUCCCAUGUCUUGCCUCUGCUGGCUUUGGGACAGACUCAGCAUAGCCACCAGGCUACCACCCUGGAGGUGAAAGCCAUGCUCGUACCUUAGCAUUCCCCAUGAUGCCUCAGCCUAGUUUCUCUUCCCACUUGGACACGAUGUUUGCCAAUUCUUCAGCCAAUGCCUCUUCUACCAACAGCCCUGUGCCCCAGUGCCGUGACUAUCGGGGCACACAUCGUCUGCAUAUGGUGGUCUACAGCCUGGUGUUGGCGACUGGUCUCCCUCUCAACGCUCUGGCUCUAUGGGUCUUCCUGCGUGUGCUGCGCAUAAACUCGGUGGUGAGCGUGUACAUGUGUAACCUGGCAGCCAGCGACCUGCUCUUCACCCUGUCACUGCCCCUGCGCCUCUCCUACUAUGCACGGCACCACUGGCCCUUCCCGGACUUCCUGUGCCAGACGUCGGGCGCCAUCUUCCAGAUGAACAUGUACGGCAGCUGUAUCUUUCUGAUGCUCAUCAACGUGGACCGCUACGCGGCCAUCGUGCACCCGCUGCGACUGCGCCACCUGCGGCGGCCCCACGUGGCGCGGCGGGUCUGCCUAGGCGUCUGGGCGCUCAUCCUGCUGUGCGCCGUGCCCGCCGCCCGCGUGCACAGCCCGUCCUCCUGCAGGUACGAGAACAGCACCGUGAGCCUGUGCUUCGAGAGUUUCAGCGAUCAGCUGUGGAAGGGCGGGCUGCUGCCGCUGCUGCUGCUGGCUGAGACCCUGGGUUUUCUGCUGCCCUUGGCGGCUGUCGUCUAUUCGUCGGGCCGGGUCUUCUGGACGCUGGCGAGGCCCGACGCCACUCAAAGCCACCGGCGCCAGAAGACCGUGCGCCUCCUGCUGAUCAACCUCAUCAUCUUCCUGCUGUGCUUCGUGCCCUACAACUCCACGCUGGCUGUGUACGGGCUGCUGCGGGCCAACCUGGUGGAAUCCAGCCUUGAGGCCCGCGAUCAGGUGCGCGGUGUGCUGAUGGUGAUGGUGCUGCUGGCCGGCGCCAACUGCGUGCUGGAUCCGCUGGUGUACUACUUCAGUGCCGAGGGUUUCCGAAACACCCUUCGCAACCUGGGCACCGCGCUCCAGACGAGGCCUCUGGCUACCAAUGGGGCUCGAGGCGUGCUCACCGAACCACCCUCAGAAACCACCCAAAACACCGGGCAGGACGCCACCAGUCAGGGGUUACUCCAGCCUGGCAAUCUGGAAACACACAUCACCCAGAGCCCCCAGGAUUCAGCCCUCUGAAAGGACACAGCGUCACAGUGUACUCUCGGGCCUCCCUUAGGGUGUACUUUUCAGCGAGGUGGGCUGGGGACUUGGACUUUGAAGCAACUGCAGUCCUAGUGUGCCGAAGGAGAUAAGUGUGUGAGCAAGGGCAGGAAAGCCAGAGUGUUGCUGGUGACAGCGGUUAGCUCUGGUUUUUCUUCAGAGGAAGUCUGCUCCAGGAAGUAGGAAGCCACGUGGUGAGUAUGCUCAUGGCUAAGAGCUGAUACAUGGAAGAGAAGCUGGAACUCCUGGAUUUAGGUCAUCAGUCUGAGAACUGAAGAUUCCCUGACCUUGGUGAAUCAGCUACACAGAAAUUCAUCCGUCAUCUUCAAAUACAAAACUCAGGGUUGGUGGUAGAACCUAGAACCCACUGCCUGCACAUGCUGGGCCACCUCAUCCCCACUGAACCCCAUCCCAGCCCACCUGCUGCCUUCUGUGCUGAUGUGAGGGCCAUGGGCGCCACGCCGCCUGCCCUCAGGUUCACUUGGCUUCCCUGCGCAGGUGGGAGGCAGAAUACACAGGUUUAUCUGAUAUGCACUGACCUCUUUUGUGACCUGUAACAGUUUAGACUUGACACCCAGUAUGAGGUGGUGGGGGCAGAGCAGAGCUACGGGUUGAUUCCCUCCCAAAUCCUGGUUCUUUGUCCCUUUCUCGGCACGUUUUCUCCUUCUGCCACUCUCUGGGCCUUUUCCAUUCUGUGUCUUUAGUUUUCAUCCUCUUCCCCCCCCCCCCCCCUAGACUGUGCUGCUGACCUUGAACUUGGUACUUAGUAGAGGCUGGCCUUGAAUUCUUUUUUUUUCUUUUGAGACAGGGGUUCUCUCUGUUGGCCUGGAAUUUUUAUUUGAGGAAGGCUCUCUCUACACAACCGCCACUCUGCUUCACCCCCUCCUCACUCAUUCUCUCCAUACCUGUCCCUCUCUUCCUUUCUCCUCUCCCUCUCUUCUCCCCUCCCCCUGCUCUGCUCUCCUCCCCUCUCCUCGCACCUCUCCUUCUCUCCUCUCAUUCCUCUCUCCCUCCCUAAGUCUUAACAUUUUUUAAAUCAAGCAUCAGUCCUCAAACUGUUGGGUCUCCAAUCCCUUUAUGCAAAAAUUGAGAGACCUGAGAGCUUUUUUUUUUUUCUUUUUUCUUAUGUUUUUGAAACAUGUUAAAUGUGUUAAACAAUACAGAGGGACAUACUCCAUUUAGCCAAGAGCAGUGAUGUCAUCACAUUUCAUAAACCUUCUGGAAGCUUCUGUAUAUACUGGGGCGAGAACCAGCAUUAGUUCUGGGACGUGUUAGUGUUACAAACAUAGUUUUGACCUCAAGGACUUCUUCAGAAAGCCCAGAAAGCUCUGGGUCACACUUUGACAUCACUAGCUCUGAAGUAUUAGAGUUCACAUCUAACUUCCUCUAGGAUGUUGUUUUUUGACUCUGGGAUGAGGGCAUUGAUUAGCUAAUUGCUAAUUGUGGUUCUUAAGAAGGUGGGGAGUGGGGGUUGGAGGCCGGGUGUACAGCCAGACACACAAAUGCAGGGCCAGGGUGGAGCAUUUCUGAGGAAGGAAAAGACAUAGUGUUCAGCAGGAGAGAAGACUGUACAGGGAAGUAAGGGGGACAGGAACACAGGAAGAGCUCUCAGCAAGCAGAGCCUGCCUUUACAGCAAGCAGGCGGCCAGCAAAAUGGUUUUCUUCCCUCUUUAUCCAAGUAGCAGUUGGGUUGCUGGGAAGGUUGCAGAGUUGGUCCUGCGACAGUUUUAGAUCCUGACAUUGAGAACUGUGAUCACGUAUGUGUCCUUUACGCACUGUGGCCCUGUGUCUCCCACUACAGAGAGAUUUCCCAAGUGCUUCUGUUUCAGUUACGAUUUGGGCCUUUUGUGUCUUUACAAGGGUUUCGGUUGGUGAUUCACAAGAGUAAGAUGACCUCUGGUGGCCAAACCAGGGAACUAACCUCGCUUCCUCAAUGAUAGGCUAGUAUCAGUCCAGGUGGAUGGGAGUCCCCCACCAGGCCCUUACCACCAGCUGCUCUACAGAGGCCUGCUGUUAACAUCUGUCCCUUGCUCCUCUGGAUUCAAGGUCUGUGCUCUUCCUGAGAGGAUAAUAUAAGCAACAUCAGCCCUGCUCGGCUGAAUCUCGGAAACUGCUACCCAAACAGAGUUAAACAGAAUCGUCAAAAGUCUUGGGGGUAAGGGUGUGGAGUCUGUGGAUGUAGCUCAAUUGGUAGAGUGCUUGCCUCUUGCCUUGCAUGCAUGAAGUUCCAGGUUUGAAACCCAGCACCACAUAAACCUGGCCUGGUGUUGUAUGCUUGUAAUUCCAGUACCCAAGGAGUGGGGUCCUGGUGGCACAACCCUUUAAUCCCAGCACUGGGGCAGCAGAGAUGGGCACCUCUCUGUGAGUUUCAGGCCAGCCUCAUCUACAUAAAGAGAGUUCCAGACAGUCAGGGCUACAUAAAGACCCUGUCUGAAAGAGAGGAAGAAAAAAAAGAAAGAAAGAAGUGGAGACAGGAAGCUCAGGAGUUCUAGGUUGUUCUCAGCUCUGGGAUACAUAAGACUGUCUCAAAACAAAACAAAACAAACAAAAAAAAACCACAAAGUUCCCAGCUGCGCUGUGGGGGCCUAUGCCUCUAAGUCUUAGUCUGGUGUGCAUGCCUAUAACCCCAGCUUUGUGGAUACUGAGGCUGGAGAAGCAUGCAUUUGAGGCCAGCACCUGCAAGUCACUAGGUGUGAUCUCUAGCACUAUAAAGCUAAAUCAAGAACAAAUACAUUGACAAUAUGAGUACUUUCAUAUUCCGGUUCUGAGCCGACUCUAGAGUAAUUAAAACAGCGCGCAUCACCCCAUGGACCAUGUAACUUAUUCCAGUGUUUGUAUGCGUUCCCUCUCUUCCUCCAUCUCCCUGGCCGGGGAGCAAGGAUUUGGUUGGUUGGUUCAUUGAUGUAUUCAUUGGCAUCUAGAACAGUGCCUGGUACAGAGGAAGCACUCAAUAAAGACUCGCUGAAUGACCAGUCA